AGAAAGAUUAUUUCAGCAGACUGAUCAAAUAUGAGAUUUAAAUAUAUAAAUAAAUAAAUAAAAACAGAACCCUGUACUACAUUAGUUUUAGUUUGGUUAUUAAGCGUUGAUAUCUUAUACUGGGAGGAGUUAAAGUGACAUGGAGAAGCUUUCGCUCUCACACACAAACACGCACACACAAUUUCGUGGUUUUCCAAGUGACGAAACUUUCCUGACCUGAUUUAUUAGAGUGUGUGUAAGAAUAAAACGAAGGCCAUUUUGUAGUUCACCAGGAAUGAAAAGUCUCCUGUACGUUAAAACACUGCAACGCGUCGCCGAAACCAAGUGACCUGGAGACGCCUGACUUUCCUCACACAUUAAAUCAGUUCCUAAUCCGGUCCGAGGAGUUGUUUGAGGAAGUCAUGGCGGUGUUGGAGCAGACGGACGUGGCUGUGUAUGAGCAGGUUGUGGUGUUGUUGUCGUGUGUUCUCUCGGCGUUGGGCUCUGUGCUGGUUGUGAGCACGUACGCGAAGUGGCCCGACCUGAGAACCACACCGAGGCAGCUUUUAGUCUUCCUCUCUGUAGCCGAUUUCCUCUCCGCCGUCUCCUACUCUUAUGGAGUUUAUAAGGUUUUUAACGCGAACACUUGGGACUGCGUCACUCAAGGAGCUAUAUCCACUUUCUCCAACACGAGCUCCUUCUUCUGGACCGUGGCUAUUGCUGUGUACCUGUACAUCUUCAUCGUGCAGUCCAGUCAGAGACAAGCCGACAGUUUGGUCUUGUAUUUUCAUCUCAUCAGUUGGGGUGUUCCCCUGGCCAUCACAGUAGCAGCUGUGUCCAUGCAGAAGAUCGGCUAUGAUGCGUCCGAGGUUUCCGUCGGAUGGUGCUGGAUCAGCAUUGAGGAAGACGAUCACGUGCUGUGGAUGCUACUGACUGGCAAGAUAUGGGAACUGCUUGCUUAUGUGAUACUGCCUUUGCUUUACAUCCUCAUUAAGAGGCACAUCCACAAAGCGCAUGCAGCCCUCUCAGAGUACCGACCCAUCUUGGCCUGUAACCGACUUUCCCACUCAAUUCCUGCAAUGGCAGACAGAAAGCUCACCCUCAUCCCCAUCAUCUUCAUCGCACUGCGCAUAUGGAGCACUGUUCGCUUCGUGCUACUGCUCGCUCGCUCUCCUGCCGGACAGAACCCUGUGCUGGUCACCUUACACGGAAUCGGGAACACGUUUCAAGGAGCCGCAAACUGCAUCAUGUUCGUUCUGUGCACUCGGCCAGUGCGCGCAAGACUAGUGGCUUGGCUGUGCUGCCGAAGCCAUGACGCACUGAGCAACUCAGACAUGCAAUCCCAAUUCACAGCUCACACACGCUCACUUUCUCACACAGACGGGCGCAGUGUGUCCCACACGGAAGUGGACGUAAGCGAGGAUGAGGAGUAGUAAGUGUUAAAGUGAAAACCCUGUGGCUUGUUGACCUUCAGCACCUUAGCUGGAGCACCUUAGCUGGAGCACCACGCUCAAUCGAGCAGGUCUGCAGCUUCUAGAAAGGUGUCCUUUUGCAGAAAAGUCAAUAAACUAAAGUGAAGUCCGCCAUGCUUUCUACACGGAGGAGCGUGUGUGUGUGUGUGUGUGUGUGUGUGGAGUGCCUGCGAGGAUUAAAGAAGACUACAGUCACAUGCUGCAGUCCAUAGAGUCCAAGUGCGCUUUAUAUUCACGAUGUAGCAGUGCCGUUUUGUAUGCUGGCACUUUUUUUUUCCCACUUAAUCUUCAGCUCAGGGAUGUGAGGGUUUAGAGGUCAUUUAUAAUUUAGUGACCAAAACACUGAACAUACUGUGAACACACUAUUCAAAUACCUCAGUCAAUUUACCUGACUAAACACAUCUCCCAGAACAGAGUGCCUUGAAAUGGACUAACAUUGUCUUUGAAACAAAGUUGGAUAUGUAGCUUGUCUUUUUUUAUUUAACUGUAACCAGACUGUUUUCUAUUAAACGUAAUGGUGAAAUCUACAGGAUAUCUGGAAAAACAUUACUGCUUCAGAUCAUUCAUCUUUAUAGUGAAAUGUGUUAUUUGAAUAAGAUUCAGUCAAAAAGGGGAAUUUGUGGCUUUUGCAUAGUACACUUUAUUGAUUUGCAAAUAUUGUUUUUUAUGAAUUUGUUAUGGUUUGUUCUUGUUUUUAGUUUUGUUUAGUAAAAUUACACUGACCAAGAGUCAUUUGAACAUAUUCCAGUGUCACUGUGUUUCAUUAUGUUAUCCGUGUUUGUGAUGGUUAGCACACUGAAACAUCAUCCGCCUCUUUGAUAAUUCUUCAUUAAGUCAGUCAUAGUCUCCACAUUUCAUGUCCAGCCAAGCCAGUACUAGUCUGUCCAUCCAUCCAUCUUCUAUACCGCUUAUCCUUUUCAGGGUCACGGGGAACCUGGAGCCUAUCUCAGGGAGCAUGGGGCACAAGGCGGGGUACACCCUGGACAGGGUGUCAAUCCAUCGCAGGGCACACAAUCACACACACACACACCCAUUCAUACUCUAGGGACACUUUAGACAUGCUAAUCAACCUACCAUGCAUGUCUUUGGACUGGGGGAGGAAACCGGAGUACCCUGAGGAAACCCCCGCAGCACAGGGAGAACAUGCAAACUCCGAACACACAGGGCCACGGUGGGAAUAAUACCCACAACCCUGGAGGUGUGAGGCGAACGUGCUAACCACUAAGCCACCGUGCACACCAGUACUAGUGUAGCUGGUAAAACUCACUAAAAAACACUUUUAACUCCAAGCUAAUGUUUACCAUUCUUGGAGCUAGAGUCAGAGCUAGAGAGCAGACAAGAGGAAGUGUCUGUUCGAAAAAAAUUUCAUUAAGCAUGUGACACAGUGCCAUGCCGAAUCUACUCCGGAGGCAACAGCUAUUGACAAGCAAGUCUUGUGAUUGCUCAAAACUAACAACAACAUAUUACGUUAUGCUACAGUGCUACAGUUUACUUAAACUGAGAUAAGCUAACUAUGGUUUUAUGAUUAAUUUAUUUAGCGGUCUAGUCAAGAGCUUAUCUACAUACUGCUAUCAGUAGUGUAAAAAUCCUGUUCAGGAGGGCCAGAGUCCAGCAUAGUUUGGUCAUUUCACUGCGUGAAGACUGUGUGAUCGGGCAGUGAUGUUGGAUGAAAAGAGCUGGCUCACAAUUAACAUUUCAGUGUUCCGUGAGGGUGACGUCAAGGCUCUGCGCAGGCCACUGGAGUUCCUCAAUUACAUUUACAGCAUUUGGCAGACACCUUUAUUCAGAGUGACUUAGAUUUAUCAAUUUAUACAACUGCAGUUGAUGGUUAAGGGCCUUGCUCAAGGGCACAGCAGUAGCAGGUUGGCGGUGCCACGAUUUGAACACGUGAUCUUGCAAUCAGUAGUCCAGUGCCUUCAAUGAUCAGUAAACCACUGCCCACACCAAACUUGUCAAACCAUGGCUUUAUGGACCUCCUGUUGAGGACAGGGGCAUAGUCAUGCUGGAACAGGAAAGGGCCUUCCCCAAACUGUGGCCACAAAGUUGGAAGCAUACAAUUGUCUAAAACGUUAUUGUAUGCUGUAGCAUUAACAUUGCCCUUCACUUGAACUAAGGGGCCUUGUCCAAACCCUGAAAAACAGCCCCAGACCAUUAUCAAAUUUACUCUUGGCACUGUGCAUUCUAGUAGGUAGCGUUUUGGCAUCCCCCAAGAUCAGAUUCGUUCAGCCAGACAAUAAAGUGUGAUUCGUCACUCCAGAGAACUAGUCUGCACUGCUCCAGAGUUCAGUGGCAGCGUGCGUUACAACACUUCAGCCACAUUUGGCAUUGCACAUAAGGAUCUAAGGCUUGUGUACAGUUGCUCGGCCAUGGAAACCUUAAAUGAAAAAUUUCAUAAAGCUCCAGAUGCACAAAUCUUGUGCUGUUGUUGCUUCCAGAGUCAGUUUGGAACUCUGUAGUGAGGGAUGCAGCAGAGAUUAGGUGAUUUUUGUAGUGCUACACACUUCAGGACCUGGUGGCUCCUUUCUGUGAGUUUGUGUAGUGUACCACUUCAUGGCUGUGCUCUUUACAGUUAUCACAGCUGACUGGGGC